AUGAUUCUGGUCAGCAUAUUCGUUCUGCAGCUGCUCCUGGCUUACUGCUGCCUCGCGGACGCAGUGGACCAACCCAUUGCCGUCUGCACUCUGCCGCAGCACGUCGACCUCAUCACCCUGGCCAACGCAGCCCGGGGUAUCCACUUCGAAGACUGCCCCCCAGACCACCGCGGCACGCCGCCGUCUCCUCCCGGGCUCAAGCUCGCCCGUGUCUCUGUCGCUGCCAACUCCGGCCUGCAAGCCCAGUUCUUCGAUCUCGGCUUCUUCGACGACUACUGGCUCAAGGGCUACCUCAGUCCAAAGCUCCCAGGAUUCAGAGUCGAGUGUUGGCAGGCUCCCGCCCAAGGCUGCACUGCAGGGGAGCCUGAGGCUGCAGCACUGCCCCGCCCGGCUGUCAAGAAGCUCAUCUUGGUCAACGGGGUAUCUGUGGCAGCUCCGCUAAGGCGGGAGAGGCACGUGCGGUAUAGUGGUGCAGACGAUGCCGAGCUGCUGUCACUCGACGAUCCGUCUCUCCACACGCGCUAA